GGGACACACACGGACACACACAGCACGAUGCGGGCAGCUCGAUCCGGACCAGCAGCAGCAGCAGCAGCAGAGAUGUGGAGGUUUGUUCGGGAAGAAUGAGCCCAGGGUUCCGCCAUCAUCCUCAGCACCAUGUUCCCCGGAGUUGUGUACGCUUUGCUGGCGGGAUUCCUCGGAGCUGUGGCCUCGUCCUCGGCCAAGCUGUCCCUGGGAGCGGACUACCUGAAGGGAGUGUGCGAGAGCGGGCUCCGGACGUGGGGGGAGCAGAGGAGGUUCAGACAAGCGGACGAGACCACCACCUGUGACCGGCUCCACAUCCCUCUGAGGCUGCUGUGUGGCGGACUCCUGUUCACCUGUAACGCUGUGAUGUGGACCUUCCUUGCAAAAGCACUCAGGUACUCCUCCUCCUCCACCCAAACCACUGUGACCACCACCGCCUCCAACUUCGUAUCUUCCGCUUUCCUCGGGCAGCUGAUCUUUGGUGAAGCCCAGAUAACACUGUGGUGGGUUGGGAUCUCUCUGACCUUCUCCGGCCUGCUGGUGCUGCAGAGGGUCGCACCACAGGAGGGACACCAGAGCGCCGUCGCCCAGAAGGAUGAAUGAUAUGUCUGGUCUCCACUAGUUCAGUUCAGCCUGGCUCCUGCUGGCUUUGGUGGUGAAGCCGUGCCAGCUGCUGUUCUGAAAUCAGAGGAGAUGCCGACUCUGUCCACGGUGCAGCUUCACUGUGGCUGGUGGAGACAAAGUAACAGACGCCUGCAUCCACUUUCCCCUGACGUCCCAAUAUCAUCCUCAUCCAGAGACUCACAACGAAGCAAAAAAAUUACACUAGCUUUAUGUUUUGGAAACUAUUUAGUCCACAACAGCACAACAAUAACUCACAGGCUUACACAGCAGAUGUAAAGAAAGAAUAAUUCUACAUUUUGGGAAAUACGUACAUUUGCUUUCUUGCUGAGAAUAGAGAAGAUUUGUUAUUUAAAAAAUGCCCUAACUCGCAAUGUAGUUGAGUGAUAAAAACACAUUCUGGAUCCGAACCUUUAACCGGAUCCACUCUGGAGCCUGUGAUUCUCUCCUGGUCUUUGCCUCAACCCUCCACCAGGUUCGGUGCAAUUUCAGUUCUGUUCUUUUUGUGUUAUCCUGCUGACAUAUAAGGAAACAAACAGACACAGACAUCAGUCAGAAACCCAGAAGAUUCACAUUUGAGAAGCUGGUGUCAUUACAUUUUUUGUUAAAUGGUUUGAAAAUCUCAAACUUUAAAUAAAAAAUUCAAAGUGCUUGGAGCUUUUUGGAGGAAAAGCACUGAUCCUCUCUCUCAACUCUCAGCAGGAAAAACAAUAAGCGUAUUUCCGGGA